CUGAAUUUCAUCCAUCAACCAACGAUAACCUACAAACUACACGUGGCAGAACAAAACAAUUCUCGUCCCCGUGCAACUCGCCACGUCUCAUCUUAAUCAACCCCCUCAACUGCCCCUUAUAUAUCUCAUCUUCCCCAGAACUCAGACAACAUAUAAAUCUUAAAAACAAAACACAUAAAUCAGUGUUAUUCCCAAGAUGGCGUUGAAUAUCAGUACAAAGGCGUUACUUGUGGUGGUUUGCCUAGCGGCGGCAGCAGUGGGGCUGUGCCGGGAUGAUGUGUCGGAGGAGAGAGUGCAUAUGGCGGAGGCCAUGCAGGAAGCCAAAGACCGCGCUGACUCGUGGGCUGAUUGGGCUAUGCACAAGUUCUCCCAGAAAAUGGGAACGGAUACAGACAGCACCGAGGACACGGCUCACAAGUUUAUGGACAAAACCAAAGACGCUGCUUCCAAAUCCACGGACACAAUUAAUUCUGCCGCAUAUGAGUCGUCAAAAUACGCUUCGGAGAAGGCCAACGAGGUGGCCGACAUGGCUUCCGAAAAACUCGGCCAAGCCAGAAACUACGCCUCGGAAAAAACUGGCGAAGCCAUGAAAACAGCCUCUGACAUGGCCUCCCGAGCCCACGAAACCGGCAAAGACAAAGCAAACUAUGCCUCGGAAAAAGCUGGCGAAGCCAUGCACGCGACCUCCGACAUUGGCUCCCGAGCCCACGAAAUUGGGAAAGACAAAGCAAACUAUGCCUAUGAAUCCGCCUCAGAUCUUGCCUCUGAUGCCAAAGAAAAAGCCCAAGAUGCGUACACAACAGCACAGGGCAAGGGAUACGAGGCUAAGGAAGGGAUUGGGAAUAAGGGGGAGCAGACAAUAAAGAUGGCGACAGAGAAGGCAGAUGAUGCUCGAGAGAGAGCGUUUGAUUCGUACGAGGAUGCGAAGUCGAGGGUUCGCAAGGCGUAUGGAUCGGCUAAGGAAAAGAUGUCGGAAGAGGCGAGAGAGAAAUAUGAGGCGGCUAAAGAGAAGGCUUCGGAUGCCGCAGGGGAAGUGGGAGCUCGGAUGAGGACGGGCAUGGCUGAGCUUUAACUGGGUCGUAUAAAUUGUAGUUU